UCCGUAACGUUGUAAAAAGUGUAAGCGAAGUACUAGCCUACAUAGCCAUAGUGAAAGUGCAUCAUGUAACCCUGUCAUGUCUUGUGAAAUUGUUUCGAUUACACCUCUCGUAGUAUCUACCGUGUCAAUAAACUUAUUGUGAAACGCACACAAUGUUUACAAGAGUGAGUGGUAGAUAAAAAGUGUAUUUUGAAGUGAGAGAUGCACUAAGUGCGUCAUUUUUGCUAGAUAGUGACAAUGAAUGUUAUUUACUAAACGAGAGAACAAGAGAAAGAAUUACAAAAUAACGACUACUAGCAAAGCACAGGCCAAAGAAAUAAGAAUGUAUUGUUUGUAAGGAGGUAUAACGCAGGAUCGAUAUCACACACGGCCCAAGCAUAUGAAAAAUGGACACACGAUUUCCAAGCAUGUUAUUGGUGUUUGCUGCGAGUAGAUAUUGUACCGGACAGGAUGCGUAAGCAUAAAAGAGGGAGCCAGGCCUUAGCCUGCUGGCCUGCCACAUCAAAAGAAUCGUACCUGAUAUCCAACAAUUUCUGAUACCUGCACAUUAAUCCCAGUGGCUAUGCAAUACCCAAUGAUGGGCAGAGAUGGUAAUAGUGGGCAUGUUAAUAAGAAGAUGGUUAAGACAGUUAAUGGUACAAAGAAUCCUUUGAGAAAGGAGUCUAAUUCAGACAACAUCGUCGGACAGCUGUGCACAAGACUUCAAAAUAUCAAAGACCGGGAGGACGCACCACUGACAGGAAUGCCAAGUUGUUCUAUUGAACAAACAGAGGCUGUGCGUAGAUAUUAUGCUGCAUUCCCGGCUCUGAAGAAAGGACAAGAGUCGCCAUUGCAGUACUACUUGCCGCCACCGGCCUGGUGUCGAAAAACCGCUCCAGAAACCAAGGUCAAGAUGCAAAGUGAAAUCUCGGCACCGAAAGAUUGGAAUUCUAAAAAUAAAAAAUAUUCGUCCGGAAGGGAGCGUCGCAACUCAUGCCACAGCCAAAAAAAGAAUCGAAAACGUUUCAAUAGCUACAGGAGGACCCUCGAGAGCAAGGAGAAUUUACCUGAGUGGAUGACGCACGAGGGAGUGUGGGACAUGGAAGCUCAAGAUCCUGUAAAAGAAUUCAUAAGAGCUAUUGCACUAGACGAGGGCUACGGGACAUGCGAAAACACCGUCACCGAGGAGGUUAAAGAAAUUAAUCAGGUAAAGCGCGUAAACGACGAAAACAUGGUGCCGGAUUUCGACGACGGCCUCGACCUCGACACCGAGUGGGGCGCUCUCACAGAAGAUCUGAUCCCCCGAGUCCGCAGUCCGCUGGAGGUAGAGCAGUAUGCUAAAUUCGAAGCUAAGUUCGACAGCAGCAUCGAGGCGAUAUGGACCAACCAGCAGAACACGCCCGACGACGAGUACCAGGAGCUUCCCAUCGACUUCCAGGACCUGCUGUCAUCCCCCUCCGACCGCCUGUUCGCCGACCCGGCCGCCGAGAACACCGGCCUCCUACUCGCUGAAAGCAUCUGGGCCGCGGACGCGGGCGGGGUGCGGGCGGAGUCCCCCGGCGACCUGCCCGCGCGCCUGCGCCCCCUCAACAUCGAGGACGAGCCUCGCGCGCUCGAGUUCGCGCUCGCCGACGGCCGCCUCGACGACGCCCUCGCCGCCGUCGCCGACACCAUGCGCUCCUUCGCUGCCAUCAACCACAGCCGCGAGCGCAGCGGCUUCGCGGAGGUGGUGCCCCGCCGCCCGCGCCCCCCGCCGCCCGCAGCCCCCGCCCCCGCACCCCCUGUCCCCGCACCGCCCCCCCGCGAGGACCUGCUCACCGCCGCGCGCACGCACUUCCGCCCCAUCGAGCCGGCGCGCGAUGCCGAGCCCGCACGCUACCGCGACGGCGCUACGUUCGCCGUGCGCGCCGACCUCGACCCCGUCGAGUUCGUGCGCAGCGAGUCCGGCGGCGCUUACCGCGCCGACACGCGCGAGCGCUACCUCGAGUACCGCACGCGCACCAUCGACUACGGCCGUCUCGCGCUUACCGCCGAGCAGCGCUGCCCGGACCUCGACGACCCCGCGCUGCGGCUGCGGUUCCCCGUGCGCCAGCGCGACGCCGCCGCGCAGACCGACGAGCCCGGCACGCGCACCGACGAGCCCGGUGGCGCCGCCAAGAAGAUGCGGCCGGGCGGCGACGACAUCUGGGGCGCGGCGCCGCCGUGCGCAUGCGCCGCGCCACCCGCCGUCCGCGACGACGACGAGCUGUCGCGCGACUGGGAGGAGCUGCUGGCGGCGAUUGGCGCGGCGCACGCGCUCUGCGCCAGCGAGGCGGAGGCGGAUGCGGCGGCGGGCGCGGACCGCAAGCGCCGGCACUCGGCCGCGCUGCGCUGCGCCGCGCCUGCGCGUUGUCCGCGCCCGCACGCGCGCUUCCUGCGCUGCUCGCACCGCCCGCUCACGCGCUAGGCGCCGGCUCUCGCGUCCUCUAGUUUCGUUUCCGCUCGACCGGACCGGCGGGUUCGAUUCCCUCGAAAGCUUCGUACGAAAGUGCCUUCUCGUC